AUGGAAAAAGAAGGUUUUUGUCAUUGGAAAAAUGGAUCAUUAUCAAUUACUAAACAUGAAACUUUUUCUACUCAUAUAUUUGCAUCAUUAAAAGUUAAAUUAAAACAAAGUUGUCUACCAAUUCUACCAUCAAUACUUGAAGACCAUAACCGGCAAGUGGCAUUCAAUAGAGAACUAGUUAAACAAUUGAUUGAAAUAACAAUUUUUUUGGCAAGACAUGAUCUCCCAUUUAGAGGGCAUAAAGAAAAUUGGGAAAGUGACUUGAAAGGAAAUUUUAAAGAUAUGGUUGUUCUAAUUUCACAACAUUCGCCUACUCUAUCUGUUCAUAUCAAUCAGUUAAUGGCCAAAGGAAAGAAAGAAAAUUCUUUUAUUUCUUGGAAUCGACAGAAUUCUCUAAUAGACUCCAUUGCUCAAUAUAUUUCGUCAGUUAUCAGAACACAGAUUGUGAAGGCUGGAUAUUUUAGUAUAUGUAUGGACACGACAUUUGAUGUUUCACACAAGRAGCAGCUUUCAUUUAUUGCAAGAUACAUUUUCAAAUCUAAAAUACAUGAAAGAAUUAUURUAAUAACUGAAUCGCCUUUAACUACUGGUAAAGUGCUUUUUGACAUGUUUAAAUGUGUAAUGGAAAAAUGUGGUUUGAACUGGAAGAAAAAUUUAGUCGGCCAGUCUUACGACG